CGGCAUGCUUGUGUAAAUCCGCUGUUUGAGUUUUCAAGUGCGUCAUUUCAUAUAUCCUGUCAUGGCGGCUUUGCUUGUGAAGAAGUGCGCGUCACCGCUAAUUCUCAAAACGCUUUCAGCUCCUCAGUUGUGGAUACAAUGUGGGUAUCACAAAAAGGUUGUGGACCACUAUGAGAACCCAAGAAAUGUAGGGUCUUUGGAUAAAAAUGCCAAGAAUGUGGGCACAGGGCUGGUUGGUGCCCCUGCGUGUGGAGAUGUGAUGAAACUGCAGGUCGAGGUGGAUGAGGCUGGGAAGAUUGUGAAUGCCAAGUUCAAAACCUUUGGCUGUGGUUCUGCUAUUGCUUCCAGUUCAUUGGCUACUGAGUGGGUUAAAGGCAAAUCUAUUGAUGAAGCCCUAAAGAUAAAAAACACUGAGAUUGCUAAGGAGCUUAGCCUUCCACCGGUCAAACUGCACUGCUCAAUGCUGGCUGAGGAUGCCAUUAAAGCAGCUUUGGCAGACUACCGUCUGAAGCAGGAAGGUGAACCGGGUGAGAAGACUACCAUGGCCCGCAACUAGGAGGCGCACUUGAUCCUCUAUUGUAAUAAAUCUCAGCGUUUGGGGUUGGAUCACCAUUUAAUGUCCAAUGUAAAAUCUAGCUCUGGAAACAAAACCAGUUGAGAACCAUUGCUCUUUAUCUUCCCUGUGAGUUUAGACCAAAGCUCUCCAACUCUUGCACUGUAGCCAGUCUUUUAAACGCACAAUGUGAAAGUACUGACCAAUAUACUGUUAAAGUCCAAGCCAUAUUUGUUAAGAUAUGUUGAUGUAGUGAAAAAGAGUGUAAGUGGUUUCACUUGCUAGCUGAACACGCACACAAAUUAUUGUAUUGUAUUUAUUGUAUUAUUUUAGUUUUUAAGGAACAAAAAUGUUAUUGUCAUGAUGAUGCUGGGCUUUUAUUUGAUGACAUCCAUACUCUAAAUAAAGCAUGUGUAAACCUCA